ACAUCUCUCGAUCGGGCAUAUACUCCUGACGCCUGAGUGAGAUCGAGUAGGCGAGCGAGCAUAUAUAUAUAAGCGACCUAGCUAGCUCGUGGACGGACGGUGACGGCAAUGGCGAUUCCAAAGGCAACCUCCAUCGUUCUGGCUAUGGUGCUAACCCUUGCGAUGGUGUCCCUGGUCGCGGAGACUACAGGAUACGCAACUUUCUACACCCCAAGCUACACACCGUCGGCUUGCUACGGGUACCAGUACAUGGGCACGAUGAUCGCGGCGGCGAGCGAUGUCUUCUGGAACGGCGGCGCGGCCUGCGGCGACCGGUACGCGGUCAGUUGCAAGGGCGGCACCAACGAGGGCGUGCCGCACCCGUGCACCGGCCGGAGCGUCACCGUCCAGAUCGUGGACCUCUGCCCCGCCGGCUGCCAGGGCACCGCCUUCGCCAUCAUCGCCGACCCGGACGCCGGCAAGGUCGAGAUCGAAUAUCACCGGAUCUAAAUUAAUUUCGCAAGGCGCCGCGGCUACGAAGCAGGAGUAUUUCGUCGAAGAGAGCGAGGGCAUAUUUAGUUUCACUCCCUCUAAACUUUAGAGGUCUAAAAGUUAAGAGCACUUUAGCUCACUUUUAAGUUCUAAAACUCUAAUAUGAGGCGAACUAAAGUUUAGAGCCUUGUUUAGAGUUUUGGACCUAAAGUUUAGAGAAGAGAAUACAAACGUGUGCCCGCGUCUUCACAAAAUAACAAGAGCUCGAACCUCGAAGCGAUCGAAUGUGUGUUACCCAGCUAUGAAUCAGUAGCUAGCUGCAUGUUGUACUUGUGUGGGGAAAACUGAAAUAAAAGACAGUGCUCCUGUUCGGUUUGCGUCUUAA